AUGUAUGUAAUCAAGUUUCCGACAACGGGAUGUGACGAGAAAUUUUCACAGAAACUCAACACAGUGCUGAGGAGUGCAACAUUCACACGUGGAAAUAGCGGUGCAGAGAGUGAAAGUGAUCGUAACCCCUGGGGUAUCGAGGUUGGUUCCAACGGUGCAGAGAAUGAAAGUGAUCGUAACCCCUGGGGUAUCGAGGUUGGUUCCAACGGUGCAGAGAGUGAAAGUGAUCGUAACCCCUGGGGUAUCGAGGUUGGUUCCAGCGGUGCAGAGAGUGAAAGUGAUCGUAACCCCUGGGGUAUGGAGGAUGGUUCCAACGGUGCAGAGAGUGAAAGUGAUCGUAACCCCUGGGGUAUCGAGGUUGGUUCCAGCGGUGCAGAGAGUGAAAGUGAUCGUAACCCCUGGGGUAUGGAGGAUGGUUCCAACGGUGCAGAGAGUGAAAGUGAUCACAAGAAGGACGUUCGUGAAUCAGGAGCAUGCGAGGAAUAG